UUGAUACAGCAAUACUCUCCACAGACUGAUUCUGAUGAUAAUCGCUCACCACCAGAGCAAGUAGCAUCUCAUGAUGGGAAUGAGAUACAAGUGGUUAGGAUAAAGGAAUCAGAGUCUGGAGAAAUCAUAGAUAAGAUCCAUCGUAACUCUUCAGUAGUUCUUAAGAAACUCUCCAUGACCUUAAAGUGUAAUAAGCUUGAUAAAGAUGGCGAAUCAAGGCAGAAAAGGCUUGCAUCGCAGUCAUCAACAGAAAACCAUGAUGAUCGAGGAUUCAAAAAAAGACAAGGGUCCUUAGAUUGGAGUCUCUCUGAAGAUAUUCUAUCUCCAUCACCACCACCAUCGCCCAAAUUUUCCAAGGCAUCUCAGAUUCCAAGGUUGGAGAAAAUGGUAGAGAGUAAAAGAGGUCCAGUCAGCAGAAAUAAUCAUUUAGGAUUGGAUCACAGCAGGAGUUUGAAAGCAUCCCCGAAGAUCAAAGCAGAGAGCCUUGAGGAGGAGGAGGAGGAUGAUCCAUACCAACUCUCUCCAUCAUCUUCAACUUCUUCAAGAAAAGGGAGCAAGCAUCCAUCCUCUUCCAAGCGCAAGAAGAAAAUGAGGGUUAAAAGAGAAACCCCGCAACGUGGGAAUGGCAGCAGCUUGUCUAGCCCUUCCUUUGAAUCCAGUGCAAGCUCCAAAGACACUAACAGAAGAUGGUCCAGUCUAAAGAUGGACCAGGAUCUUCCCUCCUGCAGAUCUAGAGACUCGUUUCAUUGUGAAGCAUCACCUGAGCUGAUGCAUGACUUAUCUCCUUCCACUUCUCCACCCGUAUUGCAUAGAAUAUCACCGUCUCCUUCCUUUGAAAGGUCUCCACCUCCUGGAGCCUCUUCUGUUCCAUUGCAUAGAAUAUCACUGUCUCCUUCCAUGGAAAGAUCUUCAGCUCCUGGAGCCUCUCCCGUUCCAGGUGCUUCUCCUGCUGUAUCAACAUCUCCUUCAGUAUCGUCCAGGCAGUCUCCAUACCGUGCCAUGCAGGACAUGGAUGAGGAGCCAGAAGAAAGAUUUGCCUAUGACAUGGAGGAGGGAUGCGGUUAUGAUGACUUCCAUGUUGGGAUGGAGCAUCCAAAUGAUGAGGAUGAUGAUGGUGAUGCAGGAAUUGCACACCAGGAUGAGAAGUCCGUGGAAGAUGGGGAAGGAUCUCACAGAAAUGGUGAAAUAAGUGAAGGCAUUAUGACUGGGAGUCAUCAAAAUGAACAUAUUGAAGAAGAAAAUGAAAUUGACUUAACAAAUGAGGAGGAGGAGGGGGAAGACAGACUCAUGGAUGAUGUUCACCUCCCUUCUUCAGCCUUCAGAGAUAGGAGUCGUGAGGGUAGUGGUUUACCAAUGCAAGUUAGUCACAAGGAGCCUGAACAAGAAGAUGAAUAUAACAGUAUGGGAACCCCACAUGUCAAACAUUAUCAGAGACCACUUUUAGGUGGAGGACCAGGAGAUGGACCAAAAGCUCAUAGGCUUUCUCAAUCGUUGACAACAACCCCUAGGACUUCACAGUCAAACGCAGCCUCCACAGGUGCUGUUCUGAAGACACCAUCGAUAUCCCGUCUGAUAAGAGACGAGUAUUACCCUCCAGCUCCAAUCACCCCAAUGCCCAACUAUGACUCUAUGAUGACUCCAGAACUCAAGAAAGAGCUUAAGAGGUAUGGAGUUAAGCCCCUAGGUAAAAAGAAGGCCAAGCUACUACUGUCUGAAAUAUAUUCUUAUUUACAUCAAGUCAUGCCAGGAGACGAAUCCGAUGAAGACACAUCAUCCACCGCCAUGACCAAAGCAGAGCCGGAACCAUCCAAGGGAAGAUCUAAAAAGGGAAAGGCCACAACAAAGCAGAAACCAGCAACAAAGAGAGGCAAAGCUCAGCCAAAGCCAAGGGAGGAGUCUUCAUCCGAUGAUAGACAAUUCAAGGAAACGAACAAUAAGAAAUCCAAUAUCCAGAAGAAGCAGACUAAGCCAAGGAAACGCAAGAAAGCAGAGGGAUGUCUGGACGAGACACUGACGAAGAGGGUGAAGACGGAGAUACCUUUGAAGGAGAGGAUCCUGGAUACUGCCAGGAGGGGCGUAGAAACAGAGGAUAGCACAGGCUUGGAUGAGCCAGUGUCUAGCCAAGGUAGUCAUAGCUCAAGUAUUGAUAGUAAUAAGAGUGACUUUGGAGAAAGCAUUUACUAUGAGGACAUGGAAGAUGAAGAUGAUGAUGUCAUGGAAACACAACAGGAACAAGAUAUGUCCACCGAGGUAAAGAGAUAUAUCAUGAGGAAUAAGGAGCUACAUCAGAAGAUCCUCCAAUAUGAGGCGUUGAAUCUGGAAGAGUUUUACAAAGAACUGAAAGAAGCCAAAGUACAGUGUUCUAAAGUCAAGCUUAUGGAGUUUCUAGACCAUCAAUGUAUCACCUUUCGAGGCCAAGGAGGCAGUCGGCAGCGCAAACCAAAGAAUACCAAGACCAAGACCAAGACCAAGAGAUAACCAAAGUCCUUCCCUCUACUCGUUCAUCAAGCAGAGCAAAACUAUUUUAGCCAACUUUAACAAAGAUCUUUAUGCAGAUUGGUUCUGUUUGGGAUCCAAGAUAAUCUUGAGAGUCCAUCAUGGAAUUGGGUUCCAUUCUCAAGACACAGAGAAGGCGUAAAACUCACCCUUGAGGUCAGAUGAAAGCGCAGUAAUGGCUGGUGUCACAGUGAGAGGAAAAAAUGUUGUUAUCCAUGAAAAUCACUGAAGAGGUUCAUCUGAUUGGUGAUGUAACUUGAAAACUAGGUAAUUUUUCUUCUGAUUGUGAAGAAAGACGUUGUUUUCAAGUUCAUUUCACAUUGUGUUCCCUUUAAUUUGUUGGUAUUCACAACUUCCUGAAAGCUGUUUACAUGAUUUCCAUUGGAAUUGGAAAUUGGAAUUACAAAAGUAAUGGGAAACAAAAGAGAUUUAUAUCAUGACUAUGUGUUAACAUAAUGCUGCAUGUAAUUCAUAGAAUAAGACCUAUGAAUUCGGGUUUGUUAAUGUAUAUGGCUUUAAAAGCUAUUGUGUAUUUUGGUUAUGGAAUAACAUUUUGAGAGAAGCUUUCUUUAAGUGAGUCAGCAUUGUUUAUCAAUUAUUUGAUGGGUUUAUUGAAUCAGAAUAUUUUAUCACAUUCAUGAUAUUUUGAUGGAAAUUAUACUUCAUAAAAAGCUCAAUUGCUCGCAUUUACACGCAGGAGACUGAUUGUUCUGUCUAGAUUUCUUUUUUUUUUUUGCUCAUCACUCAGGUAUUACGAUCUCACUUAUCCAGAUAAAUCAUACAUCUUAUUUUUUUCAAUCAAGUAUCAGGUUAUCUCAAAUAUGUGCAAUAAACAUGAAUAAUGCAAUGCAGUGAUUUUAUGUUGAUCAUGCAGUAUUCUUGGUUUACUGGUGUAUAGUACUGAUUGAACAGUAGGGCCUAUAUACAGCAAAUGGCUUGGUGCAGAGUGAAGCCUGCCCCCCCCCC